AUGCAUAUCUCUAUCUAUCUAUCUAUCUAUCUAUCUAUCUAUCUUCUGCUUUCAUUCUAUUUCUUUCUGAUCUUUUUAUCUAUAUCAUCUAUCUAUCUAAUUUUUAUCUAUCUAUCUAUCUAUCUAUCUAUCUAUCUAUAUUCUGCUUUUCAUCUACUAUCUUUAAGUCUUUAUCAUCUAUGUUUUCUAUCUAUAUCUAUCUAUCUAUCUAUCUUUCUGCUCAUCUUUCUAUCUAUCUAUCUAAGUCUAUCUAUCUAUCUAUCUAUCUAUCUAUCUAUUCUAUCUAUCUAUCUACCUAUCUGCUCAUGUAUCUAUCUAUCUAUCUAUCUAUCUAUCUAUCUAUCUAUCUAUCUCUUUUCAUUCGUUUCUUUCACAAUGUUUUUAUGUAUACCAGUUAACCUCUUUUUCAAUUUUUAUCUAUCUAUCUAUCUAUCUAUCUAUCUAUCUAUCUAUCUAUCUAUCUAUCUAGUUCUGCUCAUCUAUCUUUAUCUAUCUAGUUCUGCUCAUCUAUCUAUCUACUAUCUAUCUAAGUCUGCUCAUCUAUCUAUCUAUCUAUCUAUCUAUCUAUCUAUCUAUCUAUCUAUCUAUCUAGUUCUGCUCAUCUAUCUACUAUCUAAUUCUGUUCAUCUAUCUUUCUACUAUCUAUCUAAGUCUGCUCAUCUAUCUAUCUAUCUAUCUAUCUAUCUAUCUGUCUGUCUUAUGGGCACGUCUCACCAUGGUCGAUUUGUCAGGAAAGAGAUGUCCUGA